UAAAAUUUUCGAACAGUUCUCCGUCGACGUUAAACGAAGUACCAGUAUUUCAGAGAUAAUAUUUUCCAAUUUUGUUAUCAUUAAACAAUUUUUUACAUUAUAUAUAUUAUCAGUGUGGAGAUAUUUUGAGGUUUUGACAUUUAAUUCUAACAAAUAUAGCACGUGUUACACGCAGACACGUGAGGACAUGAUCUGCAAAUUGCACUUUGGGACUUAUUAGACUAUGCAUACUGCGACUAUGUGGGAGUUUGAGGAGCCAAAACCGGAUAAGGAACCGAAAGAAAUAGCUUCAGAGCCGACUCCGUUACCCUCUCUAGCUCAUGUCAAACAGCCGCUCAUAUGGAGAAACAUAAUUGGUAUCGCCGUGCUGCAUAUUCUCGCGGUUUAUUUAUUGGCAACAAAUUGGUCGAUAGCCACAAUGUGGACAUGGAUUUUCAGUCCAAUUUAUGGAUUCUCGGCUGGUUUAGGAAUCACAGCCGGAGCUCACCGCCUCUGGGCGCACAGAAGUUACUCGGCAAAAUUACCUUUGAGAAUAUUCCUGGCGUGUUUAUACUGCGCAGCAGGUCAGACACACCUAAGUAAAUGGAUUCGUGACCACAGGACCCACCACAGAUUUACGGAAACCCCAGCCGACCCUCACGAUGCCAACCGAGGAUUCUUUUUCUCCCACGUUGGCUGGCUCAUGAUGAAGAGACAUCCGGCCGUCAUAGAAUAUGGACGUAAAAUUGACAUGAGCGAUAUUCGAGCUGAUCCUGUUAUCCAGUUCUUUGAUAAGUACUACGCUCCUAUCAUGAUAUGGUUGGCCUUCAUUAUGCCGGCUCUAAUACCUGUGUACGUCUGGAAAGAGACCUGGAGUAUUAGUAUAUACGCAGUGAUAAUUCGCUAUGUAUGGCUGCUCAAUGCAACAUUUUCUGUUAAUAGUUUCGCUCACAUGUGGGGCAAUCGACCAUACAAUAGCAAAGUUAAACCCACCGAAAACCCAAUAGUAUCUGUAUUCACGUUGGGUGAAGGUUGGCACAAUUAUCAUCACGUGUUUCCUUGGGAUUACAAGGCAUCGGAAUUGGGUGCUUAUUCUUUGAAUGGAUCUUGUGCAUUCAUCGAAACAAUGGCGAAAUGGGGACUCGCGUACAACCUGAGAACACCGAGAAGAGAAACUAUUGAGAAGCAGUACCUGAUGAAAGGUGAUGGAACGGCUAGUCUGUGGGGAAAUGAAUAUAAUCAUCAUUAACUGCGAGUUUGUCUCCUUACGAUCAACUAAACACAUGUAGGCUGCAUCACACGUUCACUCUGUGAACACCUGAAUUUUUGUGAUUUGUUACGUUACAAGUUAAAUGAUUUAAUUUACCCGCUCCUUUCUGGGAAAAUCUGGGGAUGAAUAAAGUUUUCCGUCAAGUUA